AUGGCCUCACAUUGGUACACACUGGCACUGUCGGGAGAGAAAUUACCUCCGCUCUUUUACCGGUACAUCUGGUCUCGUCAAGGCUACAAUCUUCAUGUGACAGACCUCACAUACAUCUGGUCUGAACCACUAUCCCGGAAAGAAAUAAUCAGUCGGGCGGAAGAGACAGCAACAACAAUUGAUCCAAGUGAGGAUCUGGGCCAGUUCGAUCUAUUGCUCCAAAAGAUCGACAAUGGUCUGCGCGGCGAGAAUGGCACUCUUGUAUUAGGCGGUAGUACAUCGGAGGGCCAGCUCCAUCUCGAGACAACUACCAACUUGCCUCCUCCAUUGAGUCCACUACGCUGGGACAUGUACCUGCAAAAAGAGGAUGCCUCCUCAAUGACAACCCAUGUCAUAUUCCCGCUUCUGAGAAGCGAGGCAUUUUGGGAAUCACGUCAACAGAGCCUGCUUCAACAGUUGCGGCAGAAGGAUUGGGUAUUGGCAAAGUUGUUCGACAGAUUCGAGGCCUUGGGUGCAGACUUGACGACGGUCUUCCCGGGUGUUGCUGGCUUGCGAGCCUCUCGAAAGGGACAUUCUAGGUUAGAAGCGGCGAAAUACAUCAAAGGCGUGGCUGCAUUCGACGAAGAACAGUGGCUCGCGGAUUCUGAGACCACGCAGAACUUCAACGGCAUCAGUCACUUAUUUCGUGAAUUAGCUACGUCGACAGAUGAUCAGGGCCUUGGGAAUCUUCAUCCUUCGCAAAAGGAAUGGUGGAACCAUCUCGCCAAAUCUGCAAAGCCUGUGCCUACUCCUGAAAACCCAGAAGAUUCUUCAUCAUCCCAACCUCAGCAGCAACAUCGUCAGUCACAAACAGACAUAGAUUUGGAUGGGGAGACAGCCUCAGAAAGUGAAGGAGACGAAUUCGAGCAACAAGACGUGAUACCGCGACAACAAACGAUUACAGAGAAAGGCACCAAGUCUUCAUACCAAGCUACUAAGCACGCGGACGGAACAGCCGCGCCAGCUCAGCCGGAAGGCCAAAAAGACGAUCUCACUGAAACCGCAUCCGAAUCCGAACGUGAGCCGAGCUUGUCUCCCCCAUCUCGAAGAGAAAAGACACCACGAGCUUUGUCACCACCUCCACCCAAGGAAACCAAGGCAAGCCCGCGCGCAUCAGAGCCCCUAACGAAGCCAAAAAAGGGUCUCGGCGUGAUUGGAGGCAGGAAAAAGACAUCUCCGUCAAAGCCCCAGACUGAGCCGCAGCUUGCAACGCCCCCAGUGACUGAGCCUUCAAAGCCCGGCAUUCAACAAGAUCGAGGCGAAGAUGUGUCCAAUGUACCCAAAGGCAAGAAGACUUCGAGGCUGGGCAUGAUAGGCAGCAAAUUGAGAACAAAACCACCGCCCAGUCCCGAAAAGCCCUCGAAGCAACGAGAUUCUCAAACCGCUUCUACGGAGAAGGAACAACAUGUUCCAAGUAAACCCGCCAGCCCGAUUGCAGACAAAGUUUCUUCAACCAAAGCAACCGCGGGACCGUCGACGCCGACGAAGGAGAUUACAGAAUCUCCAAAAGAGGAGACUGAUGAUCAGAAAGCUGCUCGUAGGCGCGAAGAGUUGAAGCGUCAACUGGAGGCGAAAAGCAAAGCGCCUGCGAAGAAGAGCCGAAAGUUCUAG